UACAUGGUUGCGACGUAAUUGCUAUUUCGAUUACUACAACGAGUUUCAUUGUGACGGGAGCUUCUGGCAAGUGCUUCUCCUCGUGCUUGAAUUAUUUUUAUAUGCAGCAAUGUACAGUGGCGCUAAAUUCACGGUUGUAGCUCCGUUUGUGGUAGCCUUUUUGAUCUAUAUGUGGAGAAGGCAUCAUUUAUCAACAUUUGCCAUCGAAGAGUUUCUUUAUAACCACAACAACCUUAUGCCUAUACGAUACUCAUACUCCGACAUUAAAAAGAUGACCAAAAACUUCAAGAACAAGUUAGGUGAAGGAGGCUAUGGCUCUGUAUUCAAAGGAAAGCUUCGCAGCGGCCGUCUUGUGGCGAUUAAGAUGCUGAGUAAUCCCAAAGGUCACGGACAGGAUUUCAUCAAUGAAAUUGCAACAAUUGGAAGGAUUCACCAUGUUAAUGUGGUACAACUGGUUGGCUUCUGCUUCCAAGGGUCAAAGCGUGCUCUUGUGUACGACUUCAUGGCUAAUGGAUCUCUUGACAAUCACAUUUUUUCUAAAGAAGAAACUGACUCCAUAAGUUGCGGGACGAUCUUCGAAAUUUCUCUUGGAGUGGCACGCGGGAUUGAAUAUCUACAUGGAGGAUGUUGUAUGCAAAUUUUACACUUUGAUAUUAAACCUCACAACAUUCUUCUAGAUGAGAAUUUUGCUCCAAAGGUUUCCGAUUUUGGGCUAGCGAGAUUAUGCCCAUUGGAAAACAGUAUUGUGUCUUUGACUGCGGCAAGAGGAACCUUAGGAUACAUAGCCCCGGAGUUAUUUUACAAAAACAUCGGAGGAGUCUCUUACAAAGCAGAUGUGUAUAGUUUUGGGAUGUUAUUGAUGGAAAUGGCGAGCAAACGGAAAAAUUUGAACGCGGUUGCAGAGCAUUCGAGCCAAAUUUACUUUCCGACAUGGGCUUACGACAAAUUGAGUGAAGGAAAGAGAAUAGAAGAGACGGAAGACAUAGUUGAAGAGGAUUCCAAAGCAAUAAAGAAGAUGCUAAUAGUAGCAUUGUGGUGCAUUCAGUUGAAGCCAAGUGAUCGCCCUUCGAUGAGUAAAGUCAUAGAAAUGCUCGAAGGAGAAGUUCAUUGCCUACAAUUGCCUCCAAAGCCUUCUCUAUGCCUUCAAGGGAAUCAAGUAGAGCAUGCUCAAGAGACAUUCCACCAAACACAGUCAUCAUUACCAUCAAAUGACUCGCUGACUCUACCAAGAUGA